CAAGCUCCAGCUCCAGACAGAGAGCCAGGGACUUUGUGCAUUUCUACACUGUUUCCUUCAGUCCUCGUUGGAGAGAAGCAAGGUCGCUCCGUUCUCUGCAAUUUUUCCCUUUUUAAUUUGCGAAUACUUGAGUCCCUAGGAAAAGGUUUGCUUCGAUUUUUUUUUCAUUUUUUGGGGUUUCUCUUGUAAUUGCUUUUUUCGUAGUUGAGGAAAAAGAAUGAAGGGGGGAGGAAGGAAGAAGGUUCAGAACGAAGAAGUGGAAGAAGAGGGUGAGAAGGAGGUGAACAAGAAAGGGGUUGGUGCUGAGAAUGGCGAUGGGUUGAUUGAUGGCAAAGAAAGUGGAGCAAAUGGGGAGAAGGGGAAGGAGCAGGAGGAGGAGGAGGGGGGAAAUGGAGAGGGAGGUGAGGAAGAAGAGGGAGAGGAGGAAGAGGGGGAAGGAGAGGAGGAAGGGGAGGGAAAGGGUGAGGAAGAGGGACAAGAAGAGCGGCCCAAGCUCGAUGAGGGGUUCUUCGAAAUUGAAGCUAUUCGUCGUAAAAGGAUACGAAAGGGUCAGCUCCAGUAUCUCAUCAAAUGGCGUGGAUGGUCUGAAACAGCAAAUACAUGGGAGCCAUUAGAGAAUCUCCAGUCUUGUUCCGAUGUCAUUGAUGCAUUUGAGGAGAGCCUGCGUUCAGGAAAGCAUACUCGAAAGCGCAAACGCAAGUAUGGAGGUCCCCAUGUACAGUCCAAGAAGAAGCAGCCACGGUACUCUGCUGGUGGUGGCAUUGAAGUCAGUGUUGGUGCCAUUGAAGUCAGUGUUGGUGACAUUGAAGUCAGUGUUGGUGACAAGUCUUUAGCUUUGGUCCCUUUUGAUGAUUCAAGUUUGGGUGAUAUCCCUCCCUUGAAUCAACUUACCACAGCAGGUCACAAGGGAAAGAACAAUGGAAACUUCAACAUUGUUGAAAUUGCCAGCCGAGCUAAUGAAAAUGGAUCUGCCAAUGGUUUAAAACCAAUUGAUGAAAAGAAGGAACAAAAUGAGUAUGAUACUAAGCUUAGUGAGCUAAAAGGAGCAGUGUUUUCCAAUGGGGUCAAUGCAGAUAAGCUGGGAUUAAAAUUCCAGCAAGGUAAGGCUUCUGAAGGUGAUGGCCUUGUAAAUGGGCUCCCAAAGGUUGAUCAUCAGGAAACAGUUCAAAGUAAUCGUCAGACUGGGGCCAAAAGAAGGAAGUCUGGUUCUGUGAAGAGAUUUAAACAAGAUCCAGCUCUUUCUGAACCAAAUUUGACACAAAAUCCAACGCCAAAUGUUACUGUCGGUUAUGGUGUUACAGAUGCGUGGAUAGGGAUCGAAAAUCCUAUUUUAACCGGAGAAGAUUCAAGCUACAAGCUGAAGGCUGAUCAUUCGGUAAAUGCAUGUGCUAUAACUGAAAUCCUCAAGCCGAUAGGAUUUUCGUCUUCAGUAUCAGCAAAUAGUCAAGAUGUGUUGGUAACAUUCGUCGCAAUGAGGUCAGAUGGAGAAGAAGUUAUAGUGGACAACAAAUUCCUUAAGGAUAACAAUCCACUUCUGUUGAUCGACUUCUAUGAGCAACAUCUCAAGUAUAGUCCUACACCUUGACUGGACCAAUCUUCAGCAGGACUUUUGUGAUACAAUUCUGUAGUUGUAGAGUAAAGCAACAAGAAGUUGAGUACUAGUUUAACAGUGCCAGGCUGAGUGAUUUAGUGGUAGUUCUCUCACUCACUCACUCUCUCUCUCUCUCUGUGAUUUUUAGACAUUUAUUCAUUACAUUAGUGUGUGUUACCUGAAUUUUUAACAUGGUUCUAAGUAUAUACUGUUCAUAACUUCAUAUUGAAACUGUUCAUAUAUAAAUGAUGAAGCUCAUGCAAGUCCAUCUCUGCUUUGUCUGGACAGGGCUCACAGCACUACAUGGCAAUCCCGAGGGUCUUUGUUGUGCUUGCUUCUUGACAUGCAUCUUGUGGUUGCACAAAUGAUGUGAAGGUCGCUAUAUGUCAUGUUGGUUAAAGUUGUGCAUUGGCAUAGAAUUUUGGACUCCAAACCUUGAUUCCAUAUUCAGGAUUUAAAAUCAAUAGGUACCAAUGAG